UCUUUGUAGUAUUCUUUCUUAUUGGGAAAAAGAAUUACAAAUAUGUAAGAAAUUGAGCCCAAGUGUAUGAGUCAUUACAUUUGCUUUUGCGCACGACUUCCGUAGAGAUCCUCGGAACCACUUUCACUGCCAUUAGUCACCGGAAACCUACCGGAGCGCGGAGGCUAAGGGUCGAAGAUGAGCGUGAUCGACCUUUUGACCAGAGUAGAUGCGAUCUGCCAGAAGUACGACAAAUAUGACAUAGAAAAGCAGAGAGAUCUCAAUGUCUCAGGCGACGAUGCCUUCGCUCGUCUCUACGCCACUGUUGAAGCUGACAUUGAAGCCGCUUUACAGAAAGCGGAGGAUGCUUCUAAAGAGAAGAAUAGGGCAUCCGUGGUGGCGUUGAAUGCGGAGAUUCGUCGUACGAAGGCUCGAUUACUGGAGGAAGUUCCCAAGUUGCAGAGGUUGGCUGUAAAGAGGGUUAAAGGGCUAUCAACUGAAGAUCUUACCACUCGAAAUGAUUUGGUGCUUGCAUUGCCGGAUAGGAUUCAAGCUAUACCAGAUGGAACUGUGACUACCACAAAGAAUAACGGGGGCUGGACAUCCUCAGCUUCACGGACUGAAAUCAAAUUUGACUCAGAUGGGCGGUUUGAUGAUGAGUACUUCCAACACACUGAGCAGUCUAGUCAGUUCAGGCAGGAGUAUGAAAUGAGGAAAAUGAAGCAGGUAAAUUGUAUAUAUCCUAGUGUAGUCUCUUUGUUGAAGAAGGAAGGAUGCAUGCUUUCUGGCCAAUUGCUGUGGUUUAAACCCUUUAUUUUGGUGCAUAUGCAGGAUCAAGGAUUGGACAUGAUAUCAGAAGGGUUGGAUACUCUGAAGAAUAUGGCACAUGAUAUGAAUGAGGAAAUAGACAGGCAAGUCCCUUUGAUGGACGAGAUUGACACUAAGGUGGACAAGGCUGCAUCUGACCUUAAGAACACCAACGUUAGAUUGAAGGACACAGUUAACCAGCUAAGGUCCAGCAGAAAUUUCUGUAUUGAUAUCAUUUUGUUGUGUAUAAUCUUGGGGAUUGCUGCCUAUCUAUACAAUGUGUUGAAGAAGUGAGCUAACGCUAACAAAGGGGAAAAAUCUUCAUGUUCUUGUGGAAUAUUUGUGUCAAGGUUGCUAAGAAGAGUAUCGGUAUCAAGUACAUUAUCUGAUCGUGUUUGUGUUGUUUAUAAUAUUUGUAUGUCAUAUUCUUUUACACCGGACUCGCUGUGUACUAUCAAUUCUUGGUUAUAUUGCUUGAUUCUUUCAUGUUGCACUUGUAUAACCUGUCCUUGCUUUUGGCUUCAAAUUUGAAUACCGAUCUCCCAUGCUUGACAUUUUAGAUCAUAUGUAACAAUAUAUGCAUACUUAGGCAUUUAUUCAUGUAUUGAAAUGUUGUGUGAUAACAGACAUCUGAUUGAUGAAUGUCGUUGCUAUGUAAGGUCAUCCUCCCCUAAUGGAUUGUAUGCAACCGUUGCUUUUAUUUAUGA